GCACAGUGAGCACAAACAGAAAUUUCAGUCGUUCUAUUCGUGUUUAGAGAGACAUAUUUUAUAGACUUUUUAGUAGUUACAGUUCACAUGUUAACCUUAUCACUCUAUUUUGAAAUUGUAACAUAACCUUCCAGAUUUUUUCCUAAACAAUUUGUGCUUGCAGUUCCGGCAUUUUGGCGAUACCUAACACAAAAAAAUAAUUAAACAGUGCCUAAUUAUCCGAGCGGUGAAAUUCGUGAAAAAAGUUUAUGCAUGCUGAAAUUUCCAUUGAAAAAGCUCCCGCGGUUAGUUCUGCCAACCUGCGUAUAAAAUCGCGUAACAAAGCGCUCACACUCACAGUAUUAUCUCGCGCGUCGCGAGUAUCAUACCUCGACGACCAAAUUGGUGGUUUCAGUAAUUUAUAAAACAAAAUUUAUUAGUUACGUGAUUGAACCAGUUUGGUCUUUGUGAAUGAAAAUCUCGGGUUCAAAAUUCGCGAGCGACGAGAUCAAAUAUCGAAUCAUCACGAAGUGUCUUCAAACGAUAAGAAGAUAACCGAACAGAAUUUUAGUACGAACAAAUUAGUUAAAAAAUGAAGUACUCAGUGAUAAGUUUGACGUUUCUCCUCUUUGUUUUCGUAAGGCUUUCGAAUUGCGCGCCCAGUGGUGGAACUAACAAUGCACUGCUGUAUUUAUCACAAUAUGGAUACUUAGGAGGAUCCGCGAAAAGUGUUGGAAAUUCGAGCGCACUACAAGAUGAACGUGUUUUCCAAAAAGCAGUAGAAGAAUUUCAGAGCUUUGCUGGUCUUGAGGUCACAGGGCAACUGGACGAGCGAACUCUCAAAGAAAUGCAGCUCCCGAGGUGCGGUGUUAAAGACAAAGUAGGAACCGGAGAUAAUCGCGCAAAACGAUAUGCUCUACAGGGUAGCAGAUGGAAGGUCAAGGAUUUAAAGUACAAGAUCUCAAAAUAUCCAAAAAAUCUCGUCGCUAGAGAAGUAGAUAAAGAAAUUCAUCGAGCAUUUUCAGUAUGGUCUGAAUACACUGACUUAAAUUUUACCCCAACGAAAAGUAGUGCGCAUAUCGAUAUCAGAUUCGAAAGUGGAGAACAUGGUGAUGGAGACCCAUUUGAUGGUCCUGGUGGUACUCUAGCUCACGCAUAUUUUCCCGUUUUUGGGGGUGACGCCCACUUCGACGCUUCCGAAAAGUGGACCAUCAACAGUUACCGUGGCACAAAUCUCUUCCAAGUAGCUGCUCACGAAUUUGGUCAUUCGUUGGGUCUUAGUCAUUCUGACGUCAGAGAGGCUUUAAUGGCACCUUUCUACCGUGGAUAUGAUCCUAUUUUCGAGCUCCAUGAAGACGACAUUCAAGGAAUCCAAGCCCUUUAUGGCAAGAAAACGCGAAAACCCGUGGGUGGUAGUCCUGGAGAUUCUGAUUUUGAAGGAAGUAACACCCCGAGUCAUAAAGUUCCUGCACCUCCGGGUUCCGUGGACGUCAAUUUAUGCAAGGAUCCCAAGAUUGAUACUAUUUUCAAUUCUGCGGAAGGAUAUACUUAUAUUUUCAAAGGAAACAAAUAUUGGAAGCUGACCGACGAAAGUGUGGCGCCCGGUUAUCCCAAAUUCAUUUCUCAGGGAUGGCCGGGACUUCCUGGUAACAUCGAUGCAGCUUUUACGUACAAAAACGGCAAAACUUACUUCUUCAAAGGAUCGAAAUAUUGGAGGUACAAGGGGAGAAAAGUUGAUGGCGAAUAUCCUAAGGAGAUCUCGGAAGGUUUCACUGGAAUUCCAGAUGACUUAGAUGCAGCUAUGGUCUGGAGCGGUAACGGCAAGAUUUACUUCUACAAGGGUUCCAAAUUCUGGAGGUUCGAUCCAUCACAGAGGCCUCCUGUUAAAUCUACAUAUCCUAAACCGAUCUCUAAUUGGGAAGGAGUUCCUAAUAAUUUAGAUGCUGCGUUCAAGUGGACGAAUGGAUAUACGUAUUUUUAUAAAGAUGGCGCCUAUUACAGGUUUAAUGAUAGGGCGUUCGCAGUAGAUAAAGCGAAUCCAGCUUUUCCAAGAUCAAUAUCGUUUUGGUGGUUCGGCUGCCAAGACGCACCACAAGGAACAAUAGGAACUAGUGAGUCCAGGGGGUGGCUUCUUGAUGAAGAGAGCGAUCAGGAUAAUCCUAGUGACACGCUGGAUACAGUUGAUCAUCAUGAACAAACUCAAGACCCUCAAGAAACUCCAGAUCCAAGUUUUUACCAACAGGACGCUGGAAGUGGAAGUAGCGUGGUCAACUCCUCCUUAGUACUUUUAGUUUUAACAGUAGUGUUUGCUGUUGUUCGGUUAAAUUUAGAAUAGAAGAGAGAUUAUUUCGUUUUAUAAACGAGUUAACUCUGACUGAGGACUUCAAAUAAUUGUUAAUUUACGGUGUAGUUAAAUUGUUGGGAGUCGUGUGAUGUCAUCGUGACGACUGUGCGAGAUCAACUUAACUUCCCGUUUCGAAAACAAACCUGCCAAAGCGUUAAUCUUCAUGUGAACACAUUAUUAUUUAUUGACGUCAGUAAACUGUAUUUUUUAUAAUGCUCUGUAUUUUAUAAAAUAAUUUUCGUGCAAUUUUGUGAUUUGUUAGUGUUAUUCAAAGUUAAUUUUUAAAACAAUCUUUAUACAAAUGUGUAAAUGGACAUUAAAUAAAAAUAAUACAUUUUUGAUAAAGCUUUA